AUGUCUGGCAGUGCGAAAAUCCUCGUUAUUGGCGCAGGCGAGCUGGGCAACCAGGUCCUACUCGCUCUAGCUCAGCAUCCUCAUCGAAAUGGCGGAACUAUUGCCGUUUUACUGCGGCCCUCGAGCAUCGCGUCCACCCACCCCGGAAAAGUCAAGGAGCUCGAGGUACUGCGCGACUUGAAUGUGCAACUUAUUCCUGGUGACAUUGUCAAAGAUUCCGAAAAGCACCUCUCAGACAUCUUUGGUGAAUACAACACAAUCAUCGGCUGUACCGGCUUUGCAGCUGGCUCUGGCAUUCAGCUCAAACUUGCCCGUGCUGUUUUGGCGGCGCAAGUUCCUCGAUAUGUGCCCUGGCAAUUUGGAGUUGAUUAUGAUACUAUCGGACGGGGAUCCGCACAAGACCUAUUCGAUGAGCAGCUUGAUGUGAGGGAUCUCCUGCGCUCCCAGAGCCAGACUCAGUGGGUGAUCAUAUCUACCGGCAUGUUCACAAGUUUCUUGUUUGAGCCUUCGUUUGGUGUAGUCAACUUCAAGGACGAUACUAUACUUGCCCUUGGAAGUUUAGAUACCAAGGUAUCUGUAACAGCACCGGAGGAUAUUGGCAGAAUUACUGCUGAGGCUGUGCUUGGCUUGAGAUCUGACUCAGUCUUCUGUAACAAGCCAAUCUAUAUUGCAGGAGAUACCUUGACUUAUGCGCAGCUGGCACAGUUAGUCGAGAGGAUCACCGGCCGCAAAUUUACCAGGCAUAUAAGAACCAUAAAGGCUGCUCGAGCAGAUCUUCUGCGGCACCCAGAUAACACCUUGUUCAAAUAUCAGGUUGUUUUUGGUGAAGGGCGUGGUGUUGCUUGGGAUUUGUCGGAGACGUGGAACAGUCAGGUUGGGAUCCAUGCUUUGACUGCGGAGGAAUGGGCACAACUUCAUCUGGCAGUGUAG